AUCGUGUCGAGUAACGUUCGACACGGUUGAAACAGAAAUCUAGGAGAAGCGCGAUGAAGUGAACGACGAUGAAGAAUAAGGACGCGGAUCGUACGGGAAUGGAGUGUAAAACGGAGAGGAAAAGACGCUGCGAAGGGAACUGACUUUGUGGUAAAGGCGAACUCUGAAUCGGUCUGGUGAUCCGUACAGUGACGAUUGAAAUGCGAUAAGAAGGAGAAGCAACGGCAUAGUUUGGGAAAAGAGUAAUAUGCACAUGCAAGCGUGGCGAAAUGUUGGUCGAAGGAGGUUCCUAGAGAGGAAAAGUUGCGAACAAAGAAGAGAUACGUUGCGGAGAUGGUCGCCUCCUCAGUGACGAAGACAAGAGGCAGUCGUGAAACUUGAGGUCAAUUUGCAAAAACUUUCUACGCCGCGAUAAAAGAAGGUAUUAAUUGCGCACGGUGUACAUUCGUUUGGUUAAAUGUAAAGGUAACACAGAGGGAAAAGUCGGCUAAUAUCCGUUUCGAAGAAAAUUCUUGGAGAACGUUCGAGCUUCGAAUCGUGGGAUUUCUGUGAGGCGUGUCGUUGGUCGAUCACGCUCUUAAAUUCGUAGGCUAUUCUACGUAUAAACGCGUAAAUCGAACGUACGAGAUCGAAGAAUCGAGCGACGGAGGCCUCAACGAGCAAAGAAAAUAUUUAAUAAGAAUCGAGAGUUGUACGUGUAUGCGCAGAUAUGGGGAGUGUCGUAGGCAGCAACGUGAACGCGAGCAACGCGACGACGAGGAGGAUGGACUCGACGACGUUCCUGCCGGAAGCGACGUCGACCCUCAGCGAGCGGGAGCAACUGAAAAUCGAAUUUUACAAAACUUACGAUGUUAUGACCGGGGUGAGAAUCGCAGCGACUCUCGGUGGUUUUUUCGGUCUUAUGAUCCUUCUGCUUGUUUAUAAAAGCAGGUGUAAAUCGAGCAAGCAGUUGGAGGAUCCGAGACUGACCGCAGCUGCAGCCGCAGCGGUAGCCGAAGCAGAAGCCGAAGAAAGAGCCCUCGCAGCCGCUCUCGAAGCCAUUUCCAGAUUACCACCUAGACCGGAUCACGGCCCUAGAAGAUCUCUUUGUGUCGAGGUGUCGCAAUCUCAUUUGCCAAAAAUCGGGCCGCGUUUUGCGUCGGUCGGCGGUGGCUACGAGGCUCUGUUGACACCACCAACGAAGCAUCCGAAUUUGCCGCUUCCCGAAGAACAAAGAAGAUGCAGUUCGGUGACGUGUAGCAGCACCGGGAGUAGUUACCUCGAGAGAAGAGGGUCUGCGAUGCCGGUACCGUGUUUGCCGCUGCACCCUACGCUUUCCACGAAAUACGCUGCCCACGAUGAACCCUGGGAUCUCUAUUAUCCCAUCGAUAUUCAGGUAAUUCAACCAACCCCGGAGCUUUCCCCGUGCACGAGCGAAGCAGGUCUUUACGCGAACGAGGCGAUGAUGACGGCGACCAGCGGUAAAAGAGCACCGUUGGCUUCCAUGGGCAGUGUCGAUCCUCCGGAACCAGACUCAAGCUUGAAUAAUUCGAGGUCGCUCGGUUCCGACUCGGUCUUCCUAAGAAACGACGAGCAAGAAGAGUGUCUGGACACGGAGGACGAAGUAUCCGGGUUCUCGACCGACUCCGAAGCACCGGGGCCAAGUUGUCGACGGUUUCUUCGGGUACCCUCGAAAAAGAAGAAAACGGUCGAGAAAUGGGAUGGUUGCUCUGGAUGUGUCCCUAGACGGCGGCCUGAAGGCAAACCUUGUCAAGCUUGUCGUAGUAUUAGCGCAGCUGUUGAAACUUCUAGGUCUCGGGCCGUCUCUACGAGCACCAGCAGCCAAAGUAGCCCCGGUUCUCCACCGUGUUCUCCAGCCAUCGAGCUCAGGCACAGACCACCGCCGACUCCGUUACCAACCAGUCCACCGGCCUGGUCGCAAGAAACGCUCUUUUAGUUCUCUAAAGAUUCGCCAGAACGUUUUCGCAAACGGUCAGUAAUCGCACAAAGGUAUCCGAUCGAGUGACUUCGUUCGAGUUGGAAUUCUUCGUUGGAAUCGGUUGAAGUAGAUCGGUGGAACUAGAAAAGAGUUAUUUAAACGGAUAGAGAAAACGGUGUAUCGUUGUACGACGAAAUAUCUAGGAAUAACGUAAGACUCGAGGGGAAUGGACGUAUAGAAGUAGGAAAAGGAAGAGCACGAACGGACGAUGUUUGGAAAAAGAAAAAAAAAGAACACUUUGGAAAACAUUUUGAGAAACAUUUGACUGUAUGAAGCAGCAAGAUCGUAAUACGAAGAGGAGUACGAGAAUUGUAAAGGUUACAGGCAAAGAGGAAUACGGACGAGUCUGAGAAAAUGUAAUUAGGCGUAGAAAAUAAUAGGAAAAAAUAUAAAUAUCAAAACUUUAUCGAAGCGAAUAAAUAGAAGGAAGGGGACGCGCGACAAAUUGAAUCCAGUUUUCGUUUAAGACAAAAACGAACAAAGAUCCAGGUUUUAUGGACGAAAGAGAAAAAUCAAAGAACAGAUUUAACGAAUAUCGAUCAAGAUACGAAAUAAAAAAUAAAGGAGAAUACCAAGAGGCACUUGUAUAGUAACGUUUAAGCUUAACGUACGAAUAAAGAAACAGAAGCAAAUACUAACAGACUAAUUAAUCGUUAAACGAACUGUUGUAAAAAGAGGAAAAUGCGUAGCGUACUAUAGAUAUAUAUUGUAAAUAACAAACAGAAAAAAGAAAACGAAGCAAAGAACUCGAACUCGUUCUUUUCGUAUUCAAGAAAAAGAAAAAAAGAAAAAGAAG